AAUAAAUUUUGGCUGGUACGUAUUUAGACCCUGAUAGUAAAUUGAACACGCGUCCAUUGAUUUCGUGUCAUCAUAGGGUGUUGAGAAGUUUUUAAGCAUGUUUAGUUACCCUUGACCUUAGCAUAUUGUAAUUUUCUGAAGAGGGGAGUGGUGUCUUGAGUGUACUUUUAAGAGGGAGGGGAGGCUUGGCAUUUGUAUGCUAUUUAUUUACUUAAAGCACUACAAAUUCUGGUUGCAAGGAAAUGAUCGUUACCUCUCUUUACUAUAACAUCGAACCUUCAAAAACAUGGAUUGUUUGCAGAAAUUAAAAGACUUGGUUGUAAUAGGAUCAGCCACGUUUGCUUUACAAAUUUCUCCGAAAGGCAAGUCUAAAUGACUUCGUUAAGUAAACGGACGGCGCCCCCCGGCUUGGAAAAAUUUUAAAAAGAGAAGUGACGGUAUUCAUGGAAUGUAAAAGACCUAUCAUAUUUUGUGUUCAUGAAAAAAUUAACACUAGCUCACAUAGAAUCAUAAUGAUGACACAGGAUAUUUUUCGUCGUAUGGUUUACUGCUACUUGCUGCGGCGAAUCAUACCGCCAUGUGUCACUAAGCAGAGUAUCAGGUUUGUUUGUUGAAAUGUUCCACCGCUGAAAAUCAGCUUAAUAGCGGAAUUCACUGGCAAUCAUUCACCCCUAGAUAAAAAAAAAAAAGAUAAAUCAGGACUGGAAAUAAUUUAGCCCGAAGAAGACGAUGGCUACACCCACCUCGACCGUCUCAUGGAAUAUUUCCUCCUCAUCUCUGAUGGACACGUCAACGCAAUCUUCGCCAACACCGACCAUUGGAUUUGACGUGGACUCGUACGAACAAGCUUAUAAGACCGCCUUGGCUAUUCUUUUUUCGGGUGUGAUAUUUUUCGGAGUCCUGCUCAACUCCAUCAUUGUCUUCACUGUGUAUCGCCGGCCAGAAAUGAGGACACCUUGCAAUCUCCUUAUCGUGAACAUAGCUGUAGGUGACCUGGCAGUUGCUUCCUUAGGAGCGCCUCUGAGGAUUAUCGAAGUGUUCGUGGGAUGGCCGUUUGGAAACUUUCUCUGCAGCGUCCUGCUUCCAAUUCUCGAGAUGUUCGUUACUGUAUCAGUUGUCACGCACACGACUAUUGCCCUGGAAAGGUUCCGUGCCAUUGUGCGACCCUUAAAGACGCGUUUAUCAGUUUCAAACACCAAGCUUGUUAUCUUCGCUAUAUGGCCGGCGUGCUACGUAACUUCUGCGCUUCCGAUAGCCCCCAUUUUAAAGGUUCAAGAAAUCGACGGUUUGGAUCGGUGUUAUCCACAGUGGCCGUUUGAUCUCUAUCGCCCUAUCUACCAAGUAUACUUAGUAGCUUUUUUCAUUGCUGUUCCCCUCGUCAUACAAACGAUGGCGUACUUUAAGAUCAUGAAGGCACUACAAAACAGACUGACGCCAAUGUGUGCCCUUGACAGAGAUGCGUUGUCUCGCGCGCUACAAAACCAAAAGCGGCGGCGUAUUAUCAAAACUCUGGCGAUUAUGGUGUUUGCAUUUCAAGUUUGUUAUAUUCCUCGUGGGGUGAUGCUUAUGUGGUAUGAAUUUGGCAUAGACAGCUUGGACUGGACCAGUUUCAAAUACGCUGAUCUUGUGACACUUAUUAUAUUUUACUUAAAACACGUCUUGAAUCCGAUUAUUCUUUUUGCAUCAAGCAGAGACUUCCAACGCUGUAGCUGCCUUCAAAUGUUUUGCCGUUGAUAUCUUUGCAUGCGGUAGAGGAUAUCUAAAAGGCUCGUGACCUUUUGCAUAUGGGUGUUUUAAGACUGACACGAACGUUUCGUCAAUGGUCCAAUUUUUUUUUCUUCGUUUUCUUUUUUUUUUUUUCAUGAAUGGUUAAAGUUCACUUUGAAUACUUGAUCGGCUUAAUUAAGCAAAAAAUUGACGAAGAAGUGAAACUAUCCAUUACAAUGAAGCAUUUUUUCACCGAACAAACAAUGGUUUAAGGUCCUUUCAAAACAGCUCGAGACAAUAUUUUCAUAGAUCCAUUGUGCCACAUGUGGAUUGACAUGUUCGUUUCGUGAUGGCUGCCGCUAAGUGCCGGAUUCAAUUUUAUUCCGUGGUUUUGGUUUCCCUUUUUUUGCCUCAAAAUACUUUUUUAUAGGGCGGCAGUUGCGGUCGGAAAUUAAAGGUGUAAAUUAAUACCGGAAUCAAAAUUUGACCACUUUAAAGUUAGAAAGUAAAACCCCAAGGUGAAAAGAAUGAAAGAGGUCGUCUGUCGAUAAUAAUAAGGACCUUAAGCAGUCAGGAUGGCAACGCCAAGGAUGACGUCGAUUAAAAAAUGAAUUUCUACUUUUAAUUAGAAUUUCGAAAAUGGCUGCAUGUGUUAACCAUCUCAUACGGCGCCACAACUCAACCACAACUUAACGUAUAAUAGUAGCGUUGAGUUCCAAAUGGAAAUUAAAAUAAUUUGCCAUCGUGGUUUCGGUUCGCAGACAACGCACAUUUUGGUGAUUUCACGUUGAUGUUUUGCAAAGGACGGCUAAGAAAUGUACUAAGUUUUAAAAUGCAUGUGCUGAGCCAUUGUUCUGCCACUUAGGACUUUUUUUUUUCAACGUUCUCGUUGCAGUCGCCGUCGUGGUUUUCUUAAGGUGGAGGCAGGUUUAAUUCAGAUGUAAAUCCUAUUACACAAUGCAUUAAUCCUUUUAUUAAAAUAACUUCAGUCUCUGGGUAAACACUUCACAAAACUUUUUCAGUCUCCAGAUAAAUUCCGUCGUUACUAGGGCGCUCUAAUUUGUCAAAUUUAUUCUUCUGCAGUCAUUAGUGGUAACAAUAGAGCACGGAAAACGCGAUAAGAUGCAUUUCUGUGAUUAAACUUUUUUAAGAAAAGUCAAACUAUGUUAUCUUUCGUCCAUAUCAACAUAAGUUGAACUACUUGGUUAACAUUAAAAUGAUCGAUAACUGUACUCAAAUUCCUACCACGCUUCAGUGCGAAGACCAUGUUAAAUAUCUUGGCGUCCUAUUGGACAGCAAUUUAAGUUGGAAAUUUCAAAUUAAUAAUGUUGCGUUAAAAAUAA